CUGCCCGCGCCGCGCGCAGCCAAUCGCCAGCGGCCCCUCGCGCGAGGCCGGCGGCGCGCCAUGAACCUGGGAGAUGGACUGAAGCUUGAAACUGAAGUGCUGGAUGGAAAGCCUAGGCUAAUUUUAGCUGCUUCUGGAGGAAGUUGUUAUUAAAUACUUCUCUCAUAUGUUUGCAUUUGUUUCCCAAAAGAUAAAUCAAAGCCUACGGUGAAGAUGGGUAAUAAAGCCAGAGCACCUAAACAGGCACUGAGAAUAAGGCAUACUGGGCAUAUUCUGAGGUCAACACAAAAUGCUUGUAUCAAGCAGGAAAACUUAACAAAACCAAGGAGCGAAUCAAGCCUAUCAAUGACAAAAGGUGAAAAACUGCAAGUUAUGAAAUACUCCUCACGUGAAGCCACAACUAAAGAUCAGGCUUUGAUUUUCCGAAGAGACGGCACAAACAGAUCUCCUGGUUCAGAGUAUCCUAAUGUUAAAAAAAGUAAACAGAAAACUCAAAAUCCACCUGUAUCAGCUGAAGACCCAAGAAGUUCGGCAUGUUUAACACAAGAACAGCUUCAAGAGAUUUUGAUGACUGUAAAAGGAGGAACUAGAUGCUUCUCUGAGACUCAUAAUGAAAAGGAAGAUGAAAUGACUACCAAUGAGGCAUCAGAGAAAGAUGUUAUACCAUUGCUCCAAAAACCUUGCGAAGUUUCAUCUGUUCCAGAUGAAGCCAACUCUGAUUCACGCAGGAACCAAGAAGCGUAUCCUCAGACAGGACAGAAAGUUAUAAAUGACUCAUGGAAACCUGCUGACAUGUUUAGUACCUUGGGUGAAAGAGAAGGAGAAAAGGCCCUAUUAGAAUUUCGGAAGAUCCAAUGGAAGAAGGAAUUAGAUGAACAGGUAGCACUGAAGAAGAAACUGAAAGAAACUUUGGAGGGAGAAGUGGGUUAUUUCUGGGCAAAACCUGGCAAUAAUAAAGCCCAUAAAAAGAAAGUGGAAACAGCUGACCCAGAUGAGACAAUGUUUCCAGCUGACUCAAAUAUAAGGACUGAGGAAAACCACAUCUGUACACCUGUCUUAACCACAGAAGCUAAUGAAGUUCCACUGAAUGUUUCAAGUGCUCCAGCUGGGCAAUCUUCCAAUUUCAGUUCUUCUGACUUAUCAGCUGUCAAUUGCACAGCAUUUUUUAUAGGGGAAGCUGUGCCAGAGGAACAACGUCUUAGUGCUUUGAAGCAUGAGCAACAGAAGAAGUGGCUUGAAGAGCUGGACAAACAGAAGGAAGAAGCUAAGCUACGAAAAAUAGAAGAAAAACUUGCUUUAUCAAAGGCUGAAGAGCAUGACAGAUGGGCAAUGCAUUUUGAUUCUUUAAAGAACCACCUUAAUGUUAAUGCACAGCACCCCUUAAAUGGAAUGUUCAAAAAGCAGCCUGAAAGUCUUUGCCGGUCACCUGACCCUAAGGAGCUGACUGCUUUUAUUCACCCUUUUUCACCUGCAGCUUUAGGCAACCUCAUGCCCUCACAGGUGGGAAAUGCAGAAAAAGCUGCUAAAAACAGUGCUUUGGAACACAGUCAGAAAGUCAGCUUCCUCCGUUCCAUGACAGCUCUCCUGGACCCUGCACAGAUUGAAGAGAGAGACAGGCAACGGCAGAAACAGUUAGAACAUCAGAAAGCAAUAAUGGCUCAGGUAGAAGAAAAACAGAAGAAGAAACAACUGGAGGAAGAGCAGAGAAAGUGGGAAGAACAAGAGGAAGAACAGCGCUUAGCACGAGAAAAAGAACAAAUGCAGAAACAGUUUGAAGAAGAUAUGCUGAAACAAAAACAAAAGGCGGAACUUGCAACUCUCAAAACAAAUGAGCUUUAUCAGUCAAUGCAGAAAGCUCAAGAAUUAGCACUGAGACUAAAACAAGAACAGCGCAUUCGAGACUUGGCUCAGAAAGGACAUGACGUUUCAAAACUUCAGAAGAACCUUGGUUGUGGUAAUACAGAGUUUGAAGAUUGUAGUACUCACAUUGCACAUCAAAGUCAUAUUUUUUCUGAUGACAUCAAGAGCCACAUUGAUCAGCAGGCUUCUCCUCGGAAGGACACUGCUGUGCAGACAGAUGACUUUAAUACUUCAGCAUUCGCUGAGUCAGCUGAGGAAAGAACUGUGUGUUGUGGGUCACCUGAUAUUUCCAUAGAAUACAAAGAAACUUCUAACAGCAAAAAAUGCCAGAAGGAAAUGCAGUACACAGAUAAAAAUACAAUUUCAGGAAAAGAGACUGGUGGCUUUUACAGCGAGCUAUACGAACACUAUGCCAGAAAGGAAAGACAAAUUAAACCUUCGGAAAACUACAGAAAAAGACCUGACUGGAACAUAAACAAGCCUGGGAAAAGAUACGUUCCAGCAUCAGAAAGAUACCCCAAACAGCUUCAAAAACAAAGAGAAGAAAACAAAGUAAGACGACAAAUGGAGCUGCUUCAGCUAGUAGAAAGAAAUACCCCUGGGAAUCUCUGCUGGAAAAAGGGCGGCUAUUCAGACAGGUCUCCUUCACCUCACAAAGAAACAAAUGUCAAGAAUAAGGGACAUAGAGUCAGAAAGGAAGAACAAUUAUGUAAGAAUCAUUUCAACCAAGAAAGAUCUGCAUCCCCCCCUGUGCCAGCAGUUAAGAACAGAUUACACCAAGUGCAACAAAACCAGAUACAUGCUUCUAAUUUCCUGAUGCAUAACAACAGUAGCAGAAGGGAAAAAACCUUCAAGACAGAUAUGCAGCAGACGAGCUCCCCUCCUUCCAUUACAGAGGCUGCAAGACCUCCCUCUUCACAAUUUAUUCCUUAUGUUCGAACAAAUGAAGUCUAUUAUCUCGAUCCAGAUGCCCCAGUGACAAGACCUUCAACUCACGACCCGCAGUAUCGACAGUUUAAUGAUUCUUACCAAACGCCAGGACAGAUUUUCAGCUCCAAUCACGUUGGAGAGCCUCUUCUAAAUCCUGAUGUAGUUAAGAACAGGGAGAGACAACAAGCAAUUCUCAAGGGAUUGUCAGAAUUACGGCAGGGCCUCCGGCAGAAGCAGAAGGAGUUGGAAGCUUCUGUGAUUCCCGCUGUAGCUCAAGAAGAGAACUUUACUUCACCUUUUUGACAUCCAUGCGAAUGUUCUGAAUUUGGAAAAUGCAAAUGCACAGCACUUCGUUUGCUACUGUAAUGACGAGCCACCUCUACCUUUUUAAUGAAAGAUUUAAAUUAUGUGAAUUUUGAUAGGUUACAGGGUUAUGUUUCUUUUUCUAGUAAAGCUACAUUAAACUAAUGCUGGUGCGUGUUUAGAAUGGCUUUCCUGCUACCUGACAGAAACAGCACAGAACGAUGCACUCAGUCCUCUCCCUUGUAAGUCAAGUCACACAACGGGUGACGCUGCACUCAGUGCUGUAGGUGCUCGAGUGGUUCUUCUCUCACACACACACACACACACCCCGCAGCUUCUCAGAAAAGGGGGUUCUCUUUUUGAAACACAAUUAUUUAUUUGCCGUGGUCUGAGGGAGGGUCCCAACGCUACCCUGGGCGAGCACUGGGUUCUCUAUUUAAAGCAACUGUUAAACAGGAGAGAUUCAAUUUUAGGGAACAGUCUACAGAGUGGGUGGGUUUUGUUUUUUAAAAGCUACUCUUGUUAGCCAAUAAUAUUUCUCCCAACUAAUUCAUGAGCCCGGAGUCAUCCAGUUUCACAGUGUCAUCUGGUACUAAACCGCACACCCUGCAUAAAAGGCCACACUACAAACGGGGAGAAAACAAACCCAAGUGUGUGACUUUGGACGACCUGAAGAGCCAAGCAG